UAUUUGCUUGUACUGCAGCUUUAAUGCACUUUUAAACACUUGGCAUGUCAGCAGAGAGAGAUUUUUCUUGUUCUCUUUCCAUUUUUGCAUAUAGAGGAAAUGCUCACAAACACUUCAAAGUACAGAUCUACUAGCUUCCACUAUGUGGCUUUACAGUGAGGGAUUACAUUCAAAGGAAACUUGAAGCAAUUGAUACAGCUACAACAUUGUGGCAUCAAUAAAACCCUGUGACACGCACUGCAGGCUGGAGACCUUCUGCUCACAGACGGGUGCAGAUGGACGCCUUGCUGGACUGUUAGUCACUGCUCCCUGCAGAUGGGAUGGCAGGGAGGAACUGCAGGAGAAGACUUGAAAACUGCGGAAGGCCUAAAGUGCCUAUAAGAUGUUGUGGGGUGGGUCGUUUCAUGUAUUUGUUGCUGGUGUGAACUAUAUAAACACAACAGUGGAAAUUCUUUCUUUUUUCUUUGAGCACAAGAGUGUGCGUGGCCCUGUCAGUUUGUCAUUUUAAAUUCCGGUUGCUGCUACAGUGAAAUACAGAAUCCUAAGGCGGUGUUUUUGCAUAUUUCUUGUUUCUGGGAUGUUAUUUUGCAGCAUCGGUAAUUGUAACAGUUUUAACAAUUUGAAAGCAUUGCAAGAAGAAAAAAUAUUGCAGUGGUUUCCCCUGCAUGUUCCUCUUACCACAUGCAUCUAUUUCACUGGAUGUGUUUACUGGUUACCAGGACAACAGUUUCAGAUCUAGCAUGAUUACCUGUAUCAUACCAGUCAUCAGAGAUGUGGGCAAACUUCGGAAACUUCUGAACUGAGGAAAUGCUGCCAGUUGCUAGGAGAAAGCUGCACAUCUGCAGAAGUUGUUGCUGCUGUUGAUGUGAACACUCUUGCCAAUGAAGUUUAUAAGCACAACUUUCCCAGCACACCACUAUGGGCAAAGACGAUUGAGAAUUGGCCUACAAGGUGAUGUAUCUGAUCCGCGGACGAAGAGCUUUCUCUAUAUUCUUGAUAUUCUCCCAAGGCUCCAGAAGCUUCCAAAAUACCUACUUUUAGAAAAUGUUAAAGGAUUUGAAUCCUCUUCUGCGAGAAAUGAACUUUUGCGAACACUAGAAACAUGUGGAUUUAAGUAUCAAGAAUUUCUCCUGUCUCCAACUUGUCUUGGCAUUCCCAAUUCUAGGCUGCGGUAUUUUCUAAUUGCAAAGCUUCACCAAGAGCCAUUUUUCUUUCAUGCUCCUGGUCAGAUAUUGACAAGAUUCCCAGAUCUAGAAGACAAGAUUCAGGAUCUAGAAGAGUUAUGCAAGGACAAAGUUGUUGAUAAAGUGUGUGAAUCUAGUUCUUUGCCUUCUGGAGAGAAGAGUCUGGAUUCAAAUGUUGGUCCUCAUUGCAGCAGCAAGAAGAGUUUACCGAAAGGGGCCUUUCUUUUUAAGCUUGAAACAGCAGAAGAAAUUGCAAAGAAACAUAAUCAGGACAAUGAUUCCUCUAUUCAAAUGCUAGAAGAUUUCCUGGAAGAGGAAAAUGAAGAAAUGAGUCGGUAUUUCUUAGCACCCAAAUUCUUGGUGCGCUACGCUUUCUUGUUAGACAUUGUUAAACCCACUUGCCGGAGAUCCACCUGCUUUACAAAAGGGUAUGGACACUAUGUAGAAGGGACAGGCUCAGUUCUGCAGACAGCAGUGGAUGUACAGCUCGAAUCAGUGUUUAAACACAUUGAAAACUUACCUGAAGAAGAGAAGCUUAUGAAACUGUCAACACUAAAACUGAGGUAUUUUACUCCGAGAGAAAUAGCAAAUCUACAUGGAUUCCCUCCAGAAUUUGGCUUUCCUGACAAAGUAACAGUGAAACAAUGCUACCGUCUCCUGGGAAAUAGCCUCAACGUACAUGUGGUGGCAAAAUUGAUCUCUGUUCUGCUUGGAUAACUUAGAACAUCAAUCUGAUGGUAGACUGGUGAUGGAAAAUGCUUUCAUCUUUCAAGAGAAAGCGGAUGGCAGCUUAACAAAAUCCAUGCUAACCAAAAUAUCUGCGCAGAUAUUUUGCUAAACAGUUCUGAUGUGUUUUAGUAACUUGCAUUUAUGGUGGAUUUGCACUGUAGAAGUGUUUUAUUUAAAUGGAAAUUUCUGGGAAUUAAUUGCUGCAUUUAGAUGUUGGAUUUAGUUUGCAAAAUUAAAAGUAACAGUAUUCACACAUAGCGCAAAUGGUUAAACCAUUUUGAUUUUAUCUUAAAACUAUACUGUUGAUACGAUAUAAAAGGGCUGUAAAUGCCAAAGCUGUUUUAACUAAGUGCAGAGACCAAGUUCUACAUGCAAAAUGUCUUCCUCUGUAAAUAUCAGUGAUCCAUUCUUAACAGAUUUAUUGUAUAUGUGAUCUAUUUUUUCUUUUGUAUCCAAUGAAACUAUUAGAUUCAGUAUUUUAUGUAAUUUUUAAGAAGACGGUGUUAUGUGUUUGUCUGACCCUCUCUAAAUACUUCCAGGUUUCUGGAACCAAACUGUGUCUGUCUGUCUGGAAUGAUUUGUCUAGGUGCAGCUGAAUAAAAAUAUUUUAAUAUUAUCACAA